GUUCCUGCUACUUGGGAAAGCUAGCAUGAAAACUACUACAAAUAUAAAUUAAGUAAUGUCACAUCGCAGGUAUAUAUUUUCAUACCAACGUGUUUGACCUUCUAGGAAAUAUUGGUGAAGUUAGCUUAACAGUAGCAAGGUCGCUAACGUUAGCUGUAGAAGCUAGCUUCUACUCAGAUGGUUGGUAAACUAACCAGCAAGCUAACCUUAACUUCGGUAGGUUAUAUUAUAACCUUAUCAAUUUGAAAUGGCCGAGUUUAUAAUCAUUUGUAAUAAUUGGGACACUCUAAACUGACAUUAAUAUAAUAUUGGAGUCGAUGACGUCUUAAUCUUUUUCUAACGAAUUUGAAAAGACGGUUGGAAUUUUAAUAGUCACUGAGGGAAUAGCUAACAUGCUAACGUAGCUGGUUAACAUUAGUUAGCCAGGACUCCACUGUUCUAAGCGAUCUAGUGUGGUUUCAAAUGCUUGUCUGGCACUAAGGGAUCUGUUGACUGACUAAUUAAAGCAGUCUGUCAACUAAUUGACGUUUGAUUGAACUGAACACUAUUUGCUUUUAAUUCGGGUUAUAUAUAUUUUGCUCGUAGCUAACGUUAGCUGAGACCACCAGGGCAUUCUUUUAGGCAUUUGUAGCAUACACGUGGUGUAAGGGUUGGCAAAAUGCUCAUCAAGGUCCAGUACCGUGGACUAAAAAAGUACCUCAAACUGCAGCCUGGUUUUUCUUAUGAAAGUUUCAUUGAAGAAGAAUUUGGGCCAGCAGGUUCUUCUACUUUAAUGCUUCACUUUUCUGAAGUGAUAUGGAGAGGUCCUCUUCAAACAAGGGACAUCAAUCUCCUGGUGCAGGAGAGAACACCUCUGCCACCUCGGCCAUGCAGCAAAAAAGGCCAAAUGGGAGCUCUUCUGAAGAAGAGUUCAGGGGGAGAGGAAACAAUGGAGGAGUAUAAGAGAUUGAGCCCCUUGACACACUGCACAAGACGACAUCAUAUCCUGGUCAGCCACAUUGUUGAAAUGCAUGGGUAUGUUUUGUUUUGUAAUGUGAAAAAACAAAGUAGAAGCAUUGUUGUGCACAUAUAACCUCUCACACAAC